CUCUGCAAGAAUUCGUGGUCCACGACCUGGGGAACGAAUGGGUUCUUCUGGAUUGCGUACGGAGAGUGCGGAAUCAUGGGCGAGGUGAUGGGGUACUCGACCAAGUGAAGGGCGUGUGGGAACAAUCUCUGGCUGACGAAGGCCAUGAGCUGCAAAGACCCACUGUUCGCACAAGCAGACUGCCUGGGCAGCUCGCUCGCUCACAACUGGGCACCAGUGCCGAUCAAUAGCAUCCUGGGCGAGUCCCUCAAUCGUGCUCGCUUGUCCGUUUGCUCGUUGGCUCGUUUGCUGGAUCGAGGAGAGGUGCUUUCCGCGUCCCCAGCUCAAUCACAUGCUGGCCCAGAAAUGUCAGAUGGAAAUUCGGGCUUGGUCUUGAUCCGGACCAGCACCCUCCUCCUCGCCCCAGCGAUCAUCCGGACCCAAGGCGCUGCCUCGAUUGUGCAAGCGCUCGUUGCCGACGGUGCCCACAAGUUGCCCGCAAAGUCACCACCGGUGCUUGAUAUGGAGAACCUGCUUGAGCAUGAGGAGCCACCCUGGCCGCCAGAGUCGGCGCUCUCGAGCGAGUUCUCUCUGGUUGCCCUAAAUGAUCGAGCGAGCGAGCGGACAGCCCAUCCAUCGCCGUCGACCCUCAAUCCGAGCCAACCAGAGACACCGUCCUUGAUGCCGUCCUUGAUGCCGUCCUUGAUGCCGUCCUCUAGCGACCACAUGUUUGCGCUCGAGGGUCAUGUCCAGCGGCUGACGAUCGAAAACAGAGUCGUUAAGCAGCAAUGCAGCGUCCUCGAGCAGCUCGUUCAGAUGCGAGAGCAGGAGCGGGAGAUGGAGGCAUCGAACUGGAAAGCCCGAGAAGAAACCCUGGUCAAUGCUCUCAAGCUCUGUCAAAACGAUAUUGGGCAUGCGUCUGGGCAUCGCCAUCGGAUCCAAGAAACAAUGUGCGAAGAGUCCUGGCGAGGGCCGCUUGGGCCUCAGGGCCUAGGUCAUCGCCAGUCGAUGCUGCCCCAGCUCCCGACCCGCUUGGAGCGAGAGAGGCAGCGGCGUCGGUCGCUGCAGCCCCAGUGCUCCGCGAGCAACGGCAACGCCUGUUUCGAUGGCCCAGCGAUCAGUGUCAGCAAUGACAUCGAGUUUCACGGGCACCUCAGUAGCCUUUCGUCGACCCAGGACGCCGAUGUCCGCAAACGACUCGCCCAACUCGAAGGUCUCGUCUUGGAGGCGACACACAAGCUGGCGGACAAAGAUCAGGAGCUGGGACUCAAGACGCAGCUGAUCAACGAGCUGCGACUGUCGAACAUGUGUUUGGUGAACGAAGUGGAGGUGCUGAGGAGCCUGAAGCUCGAUCAUCUCUCCUCGGGCUCUACCAAGGCUCCCAUCACUGCUUCUCCGGGCCAAGCACACGAUUCCUCGCUUCUGGUCUCAUCCCACGCCCAGCACACCGAUGUCGACCACAUCAUUCAGCAGUAUACGCUCUGGCGGCCCAAUAGUGUAACCCUGCACGAAGAGCUGCAGUCUGUUCAUCAUCGAGAGGGCUCCAUCGGAUCCUCGCCUGCAUCGAGUCGUAUGAACUCCGAGUACGAUUCCAGGUCUGCAGCGUCGGCCCGCGGCAGUCCAUUUGAACCCUCGCUGCCAAAGCUAGAGUCAAGCCAGGGCCCACCUCGAAAUCACAGCGUGCGCCGAGCGAGUAUGCAGCUGGACCAAAAAGCCACUUUAGAUCGCUGCGAACAUCCAGAGCGGCUGGAUCUCCAGUGGCCCGCGCUCAUAGACGACCAAUCGCCGAGGAGCAUUCGCAACUCGGGGCGUAUCAGCAAGGAGAGUACCUCGGUCAUGGAGCCGAACCAACGAGAUCGACCAAGCCAAGGUCUCACCAACUCCGAAGCAGAUACAGAGCUGAGCUCGUCGGAAAAAGGUUGGGCCGGAAUCCUGUGGUACUGGCUCAGCUAUGGCAACGAGUCGGUCAUUCAAAACUGGAUUCUUCUUGGCGGGCCAGCCUGGAAAUACGACGUUGCGAGCCACGAUCCGACAUGGCUCGAUAUCGAGCAGGCACCGAUCUACUACUUCUGGUCAUAGCCGGACGAGCCGCUUCCGAGGCGAGGCGUCAACGAUUGCGAGCCGCUGGCGCUCCCAGAGCAUCGGUUCACGAGCCAGCCAUGGUCAUAAGAAGCAUCCUUCGAUAAACGCAGCUUUGCCUCGGGCACCUUUGCGAUGAUUCCGCCACGAAUGCCACACAAGCAAACAUCCAGUGCGACCCAAGCAACCCUGCUGCUACUUAUACGGCCAUACCAAGCCAGCAACAUGGGGAAAGAGCAGCCUGGCAUUCGACAGCCCGGGAUCGGAUAGCCCGGAAUUGGAC